AUCUCUUGUGUUCUUGAUAAUACAGAGAGCCAAUCAAAAACGGAGGGAUCAUGACAAGUGUUCUUGAGGAGAGUGGAGACCACGCGCGUCUUGUUCUCCUCAUCAAGGGAAAACGCACCAAACGUCAGCGUUCUGCGUCUCCUCUUAUGAUGAACGCAGCUGCAGUAUCCAGCGUUUGUAGCGGUGAGCGAUCAUCAGUGGAGGUAAGAGAAGAAGAAGCUGCUGGUGAAGUAGAAUUCCGAGGAGCUACCGAUGAAGAUGAAGAUAUGGCGAAUUGUCUGAUGUUGUUGUCGCAAGGACAUCAAGUAAAGAGCAGUGGCGAUCAUUUGUCGAUGCAGAGAAUGGGUUUCUUUAGCAACAAGAAACCGGUGGCUUCUCUAGGGUUAGGGCUAGACGGUGUUUACCAGUGCAAAACGUGUGAUAAAAGCUUCCAUUCGUUUCAAGCGCUAGGAGGCCACAGGGCUAGCCACAAGAAGCCCAAACUCGGAGCAAGCGUUUUCAAAUGCGACGAGAAGAAAUCUGCGUUUGUGUCUACUGCUGAAACGGUGGAAGCAGGAGCGGUAGGAAGCUUUCUUUCUCUACAAGUAACUAGCAAUGAUGGUACCAAGAAACCGGAGAAAACACAUGAAUGUUCGAUCUGCAAGGCCGAGUUUUCUUCAGGACAAGCCUUAGGAGGUCAUAUGAGGAGACAUAGAGGUUUAACAAUAAACGCAAACGCUAGUUCAACAAUCAAAACAGCGAUAUCAUCAUCAAGUCAUCAUCACCAUGAAGAAUCUAUACGGCCAAAGAACUUUCUCCAGUUAGAUCUGAAUCUUCCAGCACCAGAAGAUGAACGAUGUUGCGAGAAACCAAAAUUCGCAUUUGCGUCCAAAGAUCAGAUUCUUCUCUUCGCGGCAGCGUCCAAUUCUUUGAUUGAUUGUCAUCACUAAUUAAGUAGUUCUUGUAAUUACUUUUUAUUACAUUAACCCUUCUCUUAUUAAUAUUGUCUAUUCAUUCUUGUAAUUUGACAUUGAUUGAAUUAACUUCAAAUUAUUUC